AUGCUCGCCAAAGAGCUCCUCUUCAUCUCAUCCCUGCUGGCCCUGAUCCAGGCAGAGGAGACCGUCCUUGGUGUUUAUAUUUUCCAUCGCCAUGGAGAUCGCACAUCCAAGAGCACUCCUCCAACUUCAUUGACAGAUCUCGGAUACCAACAAGUUUUCCAAUCAGGGAACUUUUACCGCAGCCGAUAUGUGGAUUCUAAUGCCUCGUCUCGCAUCUUCGGUCUUGCUACAGAUAUUGUCAAGACCUCUCAAUUGAGCGUUGAAGCUCCUGUCGAUGCCGUGCUUCAGAACUCAGCUGCUGGAUUCUUGCAAGGUCUCUACCCGCCAGUUGGAGCUACACUAGGUACCCAGUCUCUUGCCAAUGGAUCAAGCGUCUCUGCUCCAUUGAAUGGCUUCCAGCUUAUUCCCGUUAAUGCUGUCGCUUCUGCUUCAAGCGGUGCCAAUUCCGAGAAUUCUGCAUGGCUUCAAGGCCAGUCGGGAUGUAACAAAGCUAUUGUUAGCUCUAACAAUUACUUUUUCUCCGAGGAGUACUUGAACAAGCUCAGUUCGACCUCUGACUUUUACACGAGCCUACUUCCUGUUGUGAAAGGCAUUUUCACUUCAGAUACUGAUUCCUUUAAGAAUGCGUAUUCUGUUUUCGAUUAUGUCAAUGUUGCGUUGAUCCACAAUGCCUCCAUUCCAUCCGGUGAUCUACUUACUGACGAGGCCAUCUUUCAAUUGAGGACUCUGGCCGAUGAUCAUGAGUUCAACCUGGCUUACAAUGCAUCUGAAUCCAUUCGGGCAAUUGCAGGUUCCACUCUAGCUGCUCAGAUCGUUCAACAGCUGAACAAUACCAUCGUCGGAAGGUCCAAGGUCCCUGUAGGUAUUCAGUUUGGAGCCUAUGCUUCUUUCCUCUCGUUCUUCGGUCUCACUCAGCUCCCAGCCGUGACUGAGAACUUCACUGCCGUCGUCGAUUACGCCUCCUCAAUGACAUUCGAGCUGGUCACGAACGCGACUGUUUCCAACACAUCCUACCCAGGCGUCGACGACAUCUCGGUCCGCUUCCUCUUCUCCAAUGGCUCAGCUGCCGCCAAUCCACUUACCACAUACCCUCUCUUUGGACAAGCCGAGACAGUUCUCCCAUGGACGACAUUCGUCUCAGAAGUGAACAAGUUUGCUAUCGGAGACCAAGAUACCUGGUGCACUCAAUGCGGAAACACUGAUGGACUAUGUGCUUCCAGCACUGCGACCACCUCUGCCACGCCUUCCGCAACUCCAUCGUCAUCUUCCAGUGGUAUGUCCAAGGCUGUCGCGGGUGUGAUUGGUGCUAUGGUUACGCUGGCUGUUAUUCUGGGCUUGGAAGCUUUGGUAUUGUUGGUUGGUGGGUUCAGAUUGGUUAACAGGAAGAGACUUGCUGCUGUGCCGAUUGAGUCUGCUUCGCCCGUUGCGAAGGCUUGA